AUGUAUUUGGCCACCCGAGCCUCUAGACACCACAGAGGAGGUGCAGAGCAUGAGAGAGAGAGAGAAAGCGCGCACGAGAGAGAGAGAGAGAGAGAGAGAGAGAGAGAGAGAGAGAGAGAGAGAGAGAGAGAGAGAGAGAGAGAGAACAAGACAAAGCACGAUGGACAAGCAUGUCCAUGGUUCAAAGCACCAGCCCACAUGCACUAA